AUUAAACCAUUAAUAAAUUGGCACGACACAAUGAAAUACCUCAGAGCUUCAGGAGACAGUAUUUGUGCAGCUGGCAGUUGAGCUUGGCUUGCGAUGUGCACUCAUGCACGCUUAUGGUAUAAAUAAACACAAGAAUGGUAGCAUGGCAGAGAGGCGGCUCCACCUGGGCUUGCAGACCUAUCGGAGAAAGGCGCUAGGCUGAUUUGGGCGGCUUUCAUCUUAAGCCCCAAUCAUGUUUGAGGGCUAUGCUGCGGACCUGCUGGCGACAUCACUGGGGCGGUUUGUCGACGUGCAGAAAGACAAACUCCGAAUCAGCCUGUGGAGCGGCUCGGGCGUGCUGGAGAAUGUGCGGCUGCGCUCGGAGGCGUUUGAGUACCUGAAGCUGCCAUUCGCCAUCCAUGAGGGAGUGGUGGGCCGCCUGCGCAUCAAGAUCCCCUGGGGCAACUGGCUGUACGGGUCGCUGGUGGUGGAGCUGAGCGAUGUGCUGCUGGCGGCCACGGAGCGGGCGGACAGCGAGUGGGAGGAGCCGGCGGCGCUGCGGCGCGAGGAAGCGGCAAAGCAGGCAGACCUGGCGGCGGCGGAGCUGGCCAAGCUGUCCCGCCGCAUGGCGGUGCAGCAGCAGGCCUCGCAGCAGCAGCAGGGCUCGCAGCAACAGCAGGCGCCUCAACAGCAGGCACAGCAGGGGCAGGCUCAGGUGCCGGGAGGCCAGGCCGUACCGCCAGUCCAGCAGGCGCCAAGCCAAGCGGCGCAGCCACACCAGCAACAGCAGCUGGGCGCGGGGACGGCGACGUCAGGGGCGGCUGGCCCUCCGGGCGCGUCCCGGCGUGCUUCCGUCAGCAGUGGUGGCGCGGGGCCGGCGGGCCUGGAUGGCGCGGCGGGUGCGGGUGGUGGCGGCGGCGGCGGUGGCAGCGGCACCGGUGCAUCUGCAAGUGCCGGGGCUGCUCCCGCCGCUGCGUCGGGCGACCAUGCGCAUGGCCACGCCCCAGGCACACACGGUGGCAGUGGCAACAGUGGUAGCAGUGGCAGCAGCAGCAGCAGCAGCAGCAGCAGCAGCGGCUUUGGCGGGGGCUUGUACGGCACGGUACUGUCGUACCUGACCCACUUUAUCCUGAACCGGCUGCAGAUCAACGUGCGCAACGUGCACAUCGCCUUCCGGGGCCGGCAGGACGGCGUGCCGUUUGCGGCGGGUGUGGCGCUGGAGAGCGUGAGCACGGUGGCGGAGCCCAAGCCGCCCAAGUCGGUGCUGGCGCGGCUGUACGGCGCGGCGCUGGGCAGACACUCGCAUGCCAAGUUGGCCCGACACAUCGCCGUGCGCGGGCUGUGCGCCUUCUGGCGGGCGCCACGGCCCGGCGCGCCGCGCGCCCCCGCCGCGGCGGCCGCCGCCGGGCCGCUGCCGCCGCCCCACCCGGACGACUACCUGGUUUGCCCCAUGGACACCCUGCUGCGCAUCACACUGGUGGGGCCGCAGCAGGGCCAGCAACACAACCCCACGCUGGCGCCAACCGCAUCUGUGACCAUGGUCAACGGCGGCGCCAGCGCCUCUGCCGCUGCGGCGGCGGGUGGCGCGCACGCAUACAGUUCGUACGCGCAUGCGCUAUCGGCCGGGGCGGCGGCGCAGGCACCCGAUGGCAGCAACAGCACCGGGGCCGGCGCGGGCUCCCGUCAGGGCAGCACCGGCAGCGGCCGGCCGCUGACGCCGCCGCCUAGCCACCAAGCUUCCGCCGCCGCAGCGAUUGCUGGUGUUGCGGCCGGCGCUGGGGCGGCGCCGUCCGCGCCCUCGCUGACGUUUGCGACGGGCGGUGGCACACACGUGGAGGUGGUGGCGGGCUGCGAGGCGGUGGCGGUGCAGGUGCGGCCGGAGCAGCUGCAGAGCAUGAUCCAGCUUCUGGACGACAUGGCUGUGUGGGUGAAGCGCGGCCGCUACGGCCGCUUCCGGCCGCCGGGCUGGUGCACAGCGGCGCAGAUGGCCCGGGCGCGGGAGGACGCGGCGGCGGCGGGGCUGUCGGGGCACGCGAGUAGCGUGGCGGCAGCGGCUGGAGGCCUGGGAGGAGCCGGCGUCGCGGCGGGGGUGGCAGGGGCGGGGGCCGAGGCGGGGGUAAGCGGUGGCGGCACUGCCGGUACGAUGCCGCUGCUCCGCAGCAGCUCGGACCCAGGGCGGCUGGCCGCAAUGAGCCGCGCCGCUCUGGCGUCGGUGCAGGAGACGGUCCCGGAGGAGGACGAGGGGAGCUUGGCGGUGGGGCCCUCAGGCCUGGGCGCAGUGGGCAGCGCCACAGUGCCAACGGGGCAAGGGGCAGACGGGGACGCCGCGAUGCAUGCCGCGCUGGCGGCCGAGCUGGCGGCGCUGCGCACCGCGUCGCCGGCCCCGCGGGCGCCUCCGCCGCGCGUCUCCGCUUCUUCGGACGCGCUGUUCAGUGCCGGUGCUGACGAGGAUGCGGGCGCGGGCAGCAGGCAGGCAGCGGGCCUGCAGGCUGCUGCGGAGGCGCGGCGGGGCGCCCGCAGCGCCAGCGCCGGCGGAGCCCCGGCUGGCGGCUCCACCACUGCAGCGGGGCCGGCACCAGGCGGCGGACCUCAUCCACGUGCGGCCGCUGACCAGCCCGGCCUUGCACGUGCAGCCGCGGCCGCAGCCCAGGGUGCGGCGGCGCCGGCGGCAGCCGCAGGCCUCAACGCGCCCUGGUGGACUCCGCCGCGGUGCGUGCAGGCGACGCUGUCAAGCCCGAGGGCGCGCGUGCUCGGCACCGUGCGCCAGCACUCCCUGCCGUCGCACUCCGCCGACGCCGACGACGGUGACACGCGCCCCGCGUCCGCAUCCGACGAAGCUGUGCGCGCAGCCGCGGUAGCACUGCUUGCGGGCGGCGGCGCGCGGGGGCCGCCGGCGGCGCGGGCGUCGCCCUUCGCCGGGGCCGCUGUCCAGGGCGCCGUCGCGGCGGCGGCCGGCGCCGGCGGACACCUGGCUGCCAUCCCGCUGACGCCGGUGGCGGUGGGGCCGCUGACGUGGCGCCACAUCUGGCAGUACGCGGGCCGCGCGGUGCUGCACGACCUGCGCGAGCGCCGCGGCACCACCUCCCUGCGCGACCACAUCGCCUACAAGCGCGCCUACUGCCGCCUCUACCGCCGCAAGCUGGAGCACCUGCGCGCCGCCGAAGGCGGCGGUGGCGGCGGCGGCUCCGCCGCCACGGCGGCGGCGGCGGUGGCAGCGGCGCCGCCGCCGCUGACAGCGUCCGAGGUGGUGGAGCUGCAGCGCUUUGAGGCGGAUCUGCCGCUGUCGGACAUCCUCACGUUCCGCCAGCUGACGGAGCAGGAGCUGGAGGCAGAGGCGGACAGGGAGCGCGAGCGCGCCGCCAACAGGGCGCUGGUGGCGGCGGCGCUGGGCUCGGCGCCGCCGCCGGCGCCCGCGACGGCGUCGGCGUCGGCGGCGAGUGCGCCUGGCGGCGCGCCGGCGGCGGCGCAGCAGCGCAGCUGGCUGGCGUGGGGCCUCUCCGGCGUGUCGGGGUUCUUCACCUACAGCACCAGCGGCCUCACGGGGGCGGGCGGCGGCGGCGGCGGCGGCCGCUCUUCUGCCGUGCCGCAGGCGGUGCUGUCGGAUGCGGAGCUUGCUGAGCUGUAUCGGCUGCUGCAGGGCACCUCUCUGCAGGCGGCAGUGGCGGCAGGUGCGCCACACGCCGACGUAGGGUCCUCUCAUUCGGCGCACGGCCACGGCCACGGUCAUCAACAGCACGGGGCCUCACACCACCACCAGCACGCCUCGGCACACGCCGCCAGCGGCCGCGACAGCGCAGCAGCGCACGCAUGUGCCUCUGCUGCGGCGCCUGCCGCUUCGGCCGGGGCGCUGCCGCUGCUACUGCAGAUACGGCUGCUGCACGUGAAGCUAGACAUCAAGGGCCACACGCCGCCGCCGCUGGCCCGCCUCAGUCAAGCCCGCUCGAGCAGCGCCGACGGCGCUCCACCGGCGCCUCUGCCCCACACCUCUGCGCCGGGCAGUCGCGUGGCGGCGCCGACGCUGCUGUCCGUGUCCCUGGGCUCGGUGAGUGUGGCGGUGGAGUCGGAGGGCGGCAGCAGCGGCGGCGGCACGGUGGUGGCGGCGGCGGUUGGCAGCCUGCACGCCUACGACCUGGCGUCAGACCCGGGCGUGAUGGAGUGCAUCCUGGCGCACUCGGAUGUCGACCUGGACGCCAUGACGGACGCGGUGGCCCCCGCCGGCGCCGGAGCGGGCGGCAGCGCCGGUGUCGGCGCAAGCGGCAGCGGCAGCCGCGCAGCAGCACCCGCGGCCGGCGCGGCGGCGUCGACCAGCGGCAGGGCAGGUGCAGUCGGCGGCGGUGGGAGUGGCGCAUGGGGCAGCUCAGCGUCAUGGUGGUACGGCACGAGCCGUAGCGGCGCCGCCGGCGGCGGUGGCGGCAGCGCCUCCGCCUCUUCUGCAGGCCGGCGCAGGCAGCCGCAACACGGCGGCGGCUCGUGGCCGUCGCUGGGCGCGCUGCUGUCGUGCGCCACUGGCGCGCCGCUGCAUGCCGCCGGGGCUGGCGGCGGUGGCGGCGGCAUGGCUGGCGGCAUGCACGGGUCCGUGAGCACCGACAGCCUGGACUCGGAUGUAGGGCACUGGGCCAUGGGCGGCGCCGCCAGCACCGGUGGCGGCGGCGCGGCGGGAGCUGUUGGCGGCGCCGGUGCGGGUGGCGUGGCCGGCGCUGAGGCCUGGUACUCGGGCCCCCCGGUGAUCACUGUGUCGCAGGUGCCCGUUCGGCGAGAGCUGAUGCCCGAGGCCGGCGGCAGCAGCAGCUGCAGCGCGAGUGAUGACGAUGAUGACGAGGAGAGCUGGGAGGCGUCCGGCAGCGGCGCUGCCGCCAGCAGCCCGGGCCACCGGCGGCACCACCAGCACCGCCACGGCCACCGCCACGCCGUCCAGGAGCCCGGGCCGCGCAGCACCAGCCGCCUGGAGGUGCACGUGCGGCCGUUGCGCAUGCUGCACCGGCCCAAGUGCUUCGCGGCGUUGGGCACCGCCCUGGCCAUCGACAUGUCGGCCUCGCUGGAGCACCACGCCAUGCACGCCGUGGCCGCAUUCGCCUCGCGGGACGCGCGCGUGCUGUCCAAGCUGCAGCGCACCGGCUGCGUGGUGCCGGGAGCACAGCACAUCAGCUUGCGGAUUGAUGGCUUUGAGGUGGUGAUGCCUGUGGCGGAGGCGGAAGCCGCUGCGGCGGCGCGGCACGGCGCCCACGACGCGCCCCGCGCCGCCGCCCGCUCCUCCUGGUCCGCAGCGCCCGACCGGCUGACAGCGCCAGUCCCCGGCCACGUGACCAUCGGCUUGUACGGUCUGCACCUGUCCACUUUGGAGGCCCUGCCGCCGCCCACACGAGCGGGCUCCUCCGUGUGGUCGCGGCGAGGCUCGCUCUCCCAGAUGGGUGAGCUGGAGGCUGGUGCUGGUGCUGGUGCCGUAGGCGGCGGCCGACAGGGCGAAGCGGUCGGCACCGCGGCGUGGCAGCGCCGGCGCGUUGGCAGCGCCGGCGCGCCGGCCGCCGCCGCGGCAGCGGCGGGCCUCGAGGGCGGCAGCACGGACGAGGAUGAGGAGGCUGACGCCGCCAGCGGCCUGCCGCGCCCUGUGGCGCUACCGAGAUCCACCAUCGCGCGGCUGCAGCGGCUGCUGCAGCGCCGCCUCACGCCGUGCAGCACCACCGCCGACCUGGCGGCGCUGGCGGCGGAGGCGGCCGCUGGCGGCAGCUCGGGCGCGUCCGCUUCGGACAGCGCCGCGGCGCCCGGCUCCGCCGGUGACGUGACGCGCACGCUGCGAGCUGCGGCAGCGGGGCUGGCGGCAGGCGCCGACGACGGCCCAGGCUUCCACAGGGGCCGCCGUCGAGGCAGCCGCGGUGGCAGUGGUGGCGGCGGGCGGCGGCGGUAUCGCGCGACCUCGCCGCCGCGGCCGCUGCACCUGAGCGUGGACGAGCUGGAGCGGUUGUUCCUGUACGAGCAUAUGCGGUUCGCGGUACAAUCUGUACGGGUUGUGUACUGCCUGCCCGCCGGGGUGCAGGGGUGGGCGCGCGGCGCGCCGCCUGCGGCAGCGGGCGCAGCCGCGCCGGGGCCUACCUCCUUUACUGCAGGCAACGGCAGCGCCCACGCCUACUCCCACCACGCCACUCCGGCCCACCACAACCGGUCUGAGAGCAUGCCGCCCGCGCUGGCGCCGCAGCGGCAGUCGCAACCCCCGCAGCCUCAGGCGGCAGCGGUGGAGGUGAGCCUGCUGCCCUCAGGCCUGCACCUGCGCGGCACACUCAGCCGCAGCCGCCUGGAGCAAGACACCAGCGCGCCCUCGCUUGCGGUGCGGCUGGCGCUGGGCGGCCUGACCAACUCCCGCCUGCACGCAUCAAAGAUUGCCGAGGUGCAGCGGCUCUUCGCGGCUAUGGCCGCUCCCGCAGCUGCCGACGGUGCCGCUUCCAGUGCCGCGGCCGCGGAAGUGGGCACGGCCAAAGCAGCGGCGGAUGCUUCCAAGGUCUCACAAAGUACACAGAGCACCGGGCCGGAUGAGCAGCCGCCUGCAGGAACGGCCAUCGCCACAGCCUCUUCGUCUGUAGACGCGGACGUGAGCGCGCUGUCCGCGCCGCCAACCCCCGGGCCGACUUCGUCGGGCUUCAGCUUUGGCUUCGGCAUGCGCCGCCCCAAGCGCCGGUCCAGCCUUGGAGGCAGCGGCGGCGGCGCUGACGGCGGCGGCGGCAGCGCUGCUGGCGGGCCGGGCUCGGCAGCGACGGCAGUGUCAGCAAGCGGUCAACAGCGCCGUAUGACGACGGACUGCGCGCCGGCAGUAGGACCGGAGGCGGGCUCGCCGGAGCCUGCCGCACUGCGCCGCCGGUCGUUCAGCCACGAAGCCAUGCCGCGAUGCGCACGCACGCCUGCGGCCCUACGUGGCCGCUUUGACCGUGACGCUGCCGAGGUGUCCGCAUCGGCAUCGGCAUCUGCCGUGGACCUUGUGGAAGCAGGCAGCGAGCAGGCGGCGCCUCCGGGUGCAGCAGCGCCGCCGCCGCCAUCACAGCAGCACUCGCAGCCACUUGAUGGGGCUGUGAGCCAGACUGCGGUGGGCGGCGCGGCAGCUGCUACCACAGACACGGCUUUUGCAGCUAGGCCGCGCUCUUCCCAGGAGAUGCUGCGGCUGCCGCUGAUCGAGCGCACCGUCGCGCUGCAGAUGCUGAUCGAGCCGUUCGACAUCACGUAUGCCCUCGAUGGCGCAGCAUCUGACGCAGACUCUAGCACCGACGCCAGCAGCAAUAACAACAGCAGUAGCACCUGCGCAGGACAAGGCGCCAGCCCCGCGCUCAUCCGACUCAGCACCGGCGGCCGCUGCGACGUGCUCUACUCCCAGUGCGGCGCUGCCAGCUCGCUGUCGCUGCAGCUGCGCCGCCUGCAGCUGCGCAUCACGCCGCCGGCGCCUGCACCCAACGCUGCACCCACCGCUCCAGCAGCAGCACCGGCCAGCGGCGUGCUGGGCACGCUGCUCGCGACGCCCACCAGCAUCUGGCUGUCUUCGCUGACGGCGGACGUCAGCCGCACCAUGGGCGGCGGCCUGAGCACCUGUGGCGCGGUGUCCGGCCUGCGGCUGCUGGGUGCACCCGACCAGCCCGGCCGCUUCCUGCUGUCGAACGGCGCCAGAGCCGACGACGCGGCGGUGAGCUUUCGGUACUGGUCGGCGGGAGCAGAGCCGCCGCCGGACCCUGGGGCAGCGGCGGCCGUGGCGGCGGCGCACAUGGCGUCUGGGUGGUGGCGCUCGCCGUCCUUCGUGCGGCACGGCCCAGGCCGCACCAGCAGCGGCGGCGUGACCGCGGCAGUGGUCAGGAAGCUGCAGCUGAGCGGCGGUAGCGGCGGCAGCAGCGGCGAGCGGCGCUGGUCUGGGCAGCUGCGCCGUGGCGCCUCCCGGACGUCGAGCGGGGAUGCGUCUGAGCCCGGCUGCAGCCCGCCAAGUGGCGGCGGUGUGGACUUGGUAGUCACGGACGUGGCACUGGGGCUCGGCCUCAUCCUGUGGGCGACCCGCCUUGGCGGCUCCAAGCCAGACAACGCCCCAGACCCACCGCCCGCCGCGCCUCCGGCUGCGGCGGCAGCGCCGCCGCCACCCGCCCCAGCGGCGGAACAGCGGCCGCCGCCUGCGCCGUUUCAUGUGGGUCUGCAGCUGCGCAACUGCGCCGUGCUGGCUGUGGCGCCCAGCCGCACGCCCUUCGCCGCCGCCUCUGGGUCCGGCCACGUCGCAUGCCAGGCCCUGCUCAGCCUUGACCGCGUGCAAUUCCGCAUGCCGCCAGCGCCACUGCCGGCGUCAGCAGCUCCUGCAGCGCCAUUCGUGCUUGUUGCGCCACCGCCGGCGCCUCCGACCAAUCCGCCGCCGAUGCCUCCACGGCCGAACGAGCAGCAACAGCAGCGGCAGCAGCAGCAGCAGCCGGAGCCCUCUAGGCCAGGCGCCCACUACCUGGACUUCUACGGACCGCGACCGCCGGAGGCGAUGCCGUCGGCGACGGUGGCCGCGGCAACAUCGACAACGACACCCGCUGCACCGGUCAGGCACUCACCCGCAACGCAACCUGCUGGCUCGCCCUUCGGUGUGGCGGGCCGCCACGCCCAAGCGGCGGUGGGCGGUCCUGCCGGCACAGCGGCGCCCGCCGCGUCCACUGGCGGCCCCGCGGACGCCCGUAGCCGCAGGCAGCGCAGCAGCAGCGGCGCCAACGGGGCGUGCGAGGUGCACGUGAACGGCUUAAUGCUGUACCUUGCUGACAACCCUGACUCCGCCUUCCUGUCGCCGGUGCUGCAGCUGCCGGAGUUGACCGCCUCAUAUCGGCCGGUGCCGGCGCCUGGCGCCCGCAGCCCCCAGCUCGUAGCCACUGACGCCGGCUAUGCCGCGCCUGCAACGCAGCCGGCGCAGGCGGCCCAUGCCGCUGCUUCUUCCGCGGCCGGGCAGGCGCUGCCGCCGCUGGCUAUGGCGCUGACGGCGGUUAUGUCACGGCUUGAGGUCAGCCUGCAGCCGCAGCAGGCAGGUGUGCUGUGCGCCAUGCUUGCGGAGCUGGCGCCCCAGCCCACCGCGCCCGCCGCCCCCACCUCCUCGGCGGAGCAAACGACGGUCCAGCCGCGGCGACAGCCUGCGCCUCCCUCCGCCGCCACUCCAGCGCAGCCUCAGCCCCGCUCACAGCCACCCCCGCAGGAGCCGCCGCCGCACGGCGUCACGCCGACGCCGUGGGGUCUGCCGCGCCUGGCUGUAUCGCUGUCCGUCGACUGCGCGACAGCCCUGCUGGGCAGCGACGCCCUCAGUGAGGAGGCCAGCGUCUUGUACUGCCGGGGCGUACGGCUGUCGUACGACUGCACGGGAGAGGACGGAGAGGCGGAGGCGUGUCUCGGCUGGCGCGAAGUGACGCUGGCAAGCGUGGCCUCACGGCUCGACCCGCUGCUGCUCCUGCCGUCGCCCGCGCCGACCGGCCGCGCCGGUGUCGGCUCGUCUGCGUCGGUGGCCGGCGUGCAUGCAGGCGGCGGCGGUGGUGGCGGUGGCGCAGCGGGUGGCCUCGGCGGCGGCGGCGGCGGUGCUGGUGCUGACGGCGACGCGUACACUGCGCCGACGGUAUCAGCAGCGGGCGCCAAGAUCCACGCCAGCUCGCUGGCCAUCAUGAUGGAGCUGGCAGCGGCACAGCGCAGCUCCGCCGCCGCAGCGGCGCUAGCGGCGGCGGCGGCGGCCGCCGCGGCGGAGGCCGCCGCUAACAUGGCAGCGGCGACGCUUGCCAGCCUGGGUGGCGGAGGCCGCAGAGCCUCCGUGCCUAUGGACGUACCCGGGGGCUGGACGGGCGCCACGGCGUCGGCGUUGCUCAGUCGCGGCGCUGCGGCUGCCAGCCUUGCGCCGAUGGGCUCUGACGUGUCCGGGCUGGGCGGCCCCACGCCGAGCAGCCUUGGCCGGCGCGGCGGGCUAGCUGCUUCGGGCGCUGCCAUUCCGUCGCGCCUGCUAACGGGCUCCGGCUCGCUGCCGCGCAGCGGUGGCGGCGGCGGCGGCGGCCGUGCGGCGCUGUACAUUGAGGGCGCCGCCAGCGGCGCCGCCGGCGGCGACGCUGAUGCGGAGUUCUUCUCGGUUGAGGGCAGCAGCUUGUUGGAGGACCAGGAAGAUGGCGGCGGCGGCGGCGGCGGCGGUGGGCGCGACGUUGCGGAGCUAGAUGAGCUGCUGGCGACGGCAGCGACAGCGUCGAGUGGCUCUCUGCUGGGGCCGCUCUGGGCCGACGGCGCCGUUUUGUCCACCGUCAACGCCUUCCGUACCGGCGCUGGCGCGCCGGCGGCGGCAGCAGCUGCAGCUGCGCUUGGCGCCGGCGCCAUUGCGGCGGCAGCUGCUGGCGCAGGAGCGGCUGGCGCCACAGCAGAUGACGCGGCGGCGGAGCCGGCGACGCCGCUGGACGGCGGGCGGCGGCGCGGCACCAUGUUGUGCACGCACGUGUCCAGCUGCACCAGCAUCACGCAGCUCGCCACGCUGCCCGCGGUGCACCUGCCCGCGCCUGGAGGAUCGCCAGACGAGCCGCUGAGCACAGGCGCGGCCGCUGGCGGGGGUGGCGCCGGCGGACCGCCCGGCGGUAGCCGGAGCGCGUCGCCGGCGCCACCGCAACUGCUGACGUUGCCCGCGCGCGGAGCGCCGGCAGUGGUGCUGCUCACGAUGGGCGCGGGCGGCAGCCGGCCGGUGCCGGCGCCGCACGCCGCCGACUUCUCCCACCACCACCACCACCGCCACCAUCCCCUUCAGGACCAGCCGCAGCCGGCCACGACGGUCACGGUGCGGGUGCGGCCAUGCGCGGGGCCGUCGCGCCGCCACGCGCCCCUGCAACCGCCUGCGACUCGCGACGAGGACAGCUCAGAAGGCACCGCGCCGGCCCGCGCCGAGCCCUCGCUGUUCCGCUUCUCUUGCGGUCCCGGCUUCUUCAGCAGCGGCAGCGGCGACGGCGACGAGGAGGGCUCGCGUCGCGGCAGCGGCUCCGAAUCUGACGGCCUCACCGUGUCAUCCUCAUCAUCAAGUAGCAGCAGCAGCCGGAGUGGCAGCAGCGGCGGACGUGAUGCGCGCGCAGGACACGAAGGACUGCUGGGCACGAGCCCCGCGGCGCCCUGGCGCGGCGUCGCCGCCGCGGCCAUGGCAGGCAGCGGGGGCGCGAGCGGUGGGCCGGCAGCAGAGGCCGGGGCGGGGGCGCUGGUCAGCACCGGCAGGCAGCCGCACGUGGACGUUGAUGUGUGCGGGCUGCACCUAGUGGUGAGCACCACGCAAUGGCACCGGCUGCUGGACAGCUCGGCGGCGUGCGGGCGGCACUGGGCCACCGCGGACGCCAGCAAAGCCCGCGCGCGCGCCUGGCAGCAGCAGCAGCAACAGCAGCAGCAGCAGCAGCACCAGCACCAGACAGGCAACACGGCUGCUCCUGCACCCGCCGACGAGCCCAGCGCCACGUCAGCUGCGCAGGCGGCUGCAGAUGAUGCCAACGGACACGACGCCCUGCUGGCGCUGCUGCUCGCGCUGCCGGUCACAGCCAACGUGUCCGUGCAGGACAUUUCCCUCGUCGCCUACGCCGCGGCAGAGGCUGGGCCGCCCGCCGCGCGAAGCGCCAAGCUCGCCGCUGCCGCCGGCGCCUCCGGCGCCGCUGAGUCCACAUACCGGCGCCCCCCGUCAGCCGCCGGCGUCGUUCCGGCGGCGCCGCGCUGCGUGCAGCUGUCGGUGGUGUUGGGCGCGAGCGUGGAGGCGGCGGCGAACGGCUGCCUGGACCGCCUGACGCUGGCGCUGCCGGAGGUGAGCGUGGCGACGGGCGUGCUGUGGCUCGACCACGACCCGCGCGGCGGCACCUGGCACACGCUUGCGGAGCCGUGGCGGCUGGUGCUGCUGGAAGGGCUGUCCUGCGCCGCGGUGCCGCAGUUGCAUGGCGGCAGUCGCGGCAGCACCAGCGCCGGCGGUGGGAUGCCAGCAGGCGGCAGCGGCGGCGGUGCGCUGGACGCUGGCAGGGGGCCUACGGCUCCGGUCAGUGGGGACGCACCGUCGCCGCCUACUGCGGCUGCUGCCGCCGCCUUCAAAGCCCCGGGCGGAAGGCAUGGGGCAGGCACGGGCGCGGGCAGGAGUCAAGACGGCAGCGGAGGCGGCUUUGCGGACCCUACGGCUGCACCCGUUGCCAGCUCGCCGCCUUCGCGAGGCCUUGCUGGCAAGGUAGCUGCUGCGCGCUCGCUGUCAUCCUCGCUUCCCUUCGUAGCCGUUUCGCCGACGCCGCUUGACGCCGCGGCCGGCCCCUCAGCCUCUGCAGCGCCUGCCGCCGUUGCCGCUGCCGCUGGUGCUGUCGCUGGUGCUGGUGCUGCCGCUGGUGCUGGUGCUGCCGCUGGUGCUGGUGCUGCAGCUGGUGCUGCCGCUGGUGCUGCCGCUGCUGCUGGUGCUGCCGCUGGUGCUGCCGCCGCGGCCUUGACGUCGGAUGGCGCGGCCGUGCUGGUGCACGCGCUCCUGGAGGCGUCGCUGCAACACGCCUCGCUGUACGCCGCCCGCCGCUCGCUGCUUGCCAUCACCGGCCUGCUCUACGACACGCAGGAGCACUGGGAGGCACUCGGCUCAGUGCGCCGAGGCGGCCGGCGGCAGGCUCGCCGCCACCCGUCGCACGCGGGCGCCGGCGGGGCUGGAGCCCCCGCAGGCGGCGGCGCUGCACGCCAUGGCCGGGAGCGUGACGACGCGGCCGCGCAUGCUGACGGGCCGCCGCCGUCCUCAUCCGACGGAGAGGAUGACGAAGAUGACGAUGACGACGACGGAAGCAGCGCAGGAGAGGAGAGCGUCUUGGCGGGCGGCGGCGCGGCUCGGCCGCACGGUGCCGCCGGUGCUGGUGUGCUCAGCCAGCGCAGCAGCUUGGGGUUGGGCGCCUCCGCCGCAGCCAUCGGCAGCUCCGGCUUUCGGCGUGGCGGCGGCAGCGGAGGCCUUGCGGGUGCUGUUGGCACCGGUGGCGCCGCGGGUAGCGGCGCUGGCGCUGGCGGCGGCGCUCUGGCGGGCGCUGGCGCCGCUGGCGCAAGACCCAGCCGCCGAUCGCGUGAGUGGUGGUCGGGUGCUGCGGCCGGCGGCGAGCUGGCUGAUGACGGCACGGGCAUGCGGGGCCUACGGGAGGGCGGCGUGUUCGCGCCACAGGGCGUGUACUACCACUACCACCUCACCCAGCGCUUCCGACCCGCUGCCAAGGGCCGCGGCCGCACACGCCGGCUCAGCUGGGCAGCGGGCGCGGGCAGCGGCAGCAAAGCGGGCGCAGGCGACGCCAGCGGGCCAGCUGGCGCCGGCGCAGCUGGCGCCGGCGCGGAGGAGGCUCCUGGCGGCGGCGGCGCCGCCGCCGCAGCCAUGCUGCCGUGGUGGUUGCCACUGUGCUGCCUCACGCUGCGUGUGGGCAAGGCUGCGGCGGUGUUGUACACGGACCUGCAGGGCUUCGACCUCCCUCUCUUCGAGGUCGCCAUCUCGCCGCUGGAGCUGCAGCUCAAGCUCGCAGCUCCGCCGCCGCCGCCCACCGACGCGGACGCCGCCGGUGGCGAAGGCGCUGGUUAUGUGGACCGGCGCCCCUCCUUGGCCGCCGCGGCCGCCGGUGCGGCGGCGCCGCCUGCCUACAUGCGCAGUGCGGUGCAGCUGCAGACGCCGCCGCCCUACCGCCAUGCACGGGAGCAGCCGCCCGGUGCCGCGACGCCGCUGUCGCCGACAGCCGCGGAGGGCGUGCCUGGCGGCGGCGCUGCCCCGCCUGUAUCGCUUCCUCUGCCCCUGCAGCAGCGGUCCAGUGGGCGGCUGCAAGCCGCCCUUGCCAAACAGCUCGAUCAGGCCGCCGCCAACGGCGGGGCCGCCUCCGACACUUCAACCGCCGCCGCCGCGGCGGCGGCGGACUCCGACAGCUCGCUGCGGGCGCAGGGCCGGCCGGCGGCGCCGCGAUGGCCGCUUCCAGUGGCGUCUGUGCACGUGGUCCUGGACGCCAGCCUCCUCGUGGACGUCUACAACAUGGAGAAGCUGGGCUGGGAACCCGUGAUCGAGCCCUGGGCGCUGCAGCUGCUCUACACAGGCCUCCGGCCCGGCGCCGGCGGCGACGCCGCACUUGGCGCCGGCGGCGGCGCCGCUGCUGCCCGUGCGUGGGGCGGCGCCGCCCCGCCGGGGCCGGCCACGGCUCCGCCGCGCCACUCCUUUGCCCUGACCACCAACACGGUUCUUGAAGCCACGAUUGCGCCCGGGCUGAUCCCGGCGGCACGUGGCGCCGCCGCGCUCCUGACGGACCUGCAGUUGGCCUUGGCGACACAGAGGCGGCUUCCACCGCCGUCCCUGCCGCUGAUGCCGCCGGCCUUUCCCGAGGCGGCGCCGGCGUCGCAGCGGGCGCUGCUGCACGCGCCCACCAUGCCGCUGCCCGCCCGCGGCUCGGCGGCGGGCAGUGCGGCAGCGCUGUACGAGCACGGCGGUCAGCCGCAUGGGAGUGCACAGCACCUACAUUGCCAGCACCUCCGGAAUCACGGCACCGGCGCCGCCACCGGCUGGACGGGCGCGCCGCGGUCCGGCCUGCUCCCGCGCGUGUGGCUGCUGAAUACGUUGGGCCAGCCGGCCAGCUUCGUGUCGCUGCCUGAGGACUUCCUGAAGCACAGCCACCACCGCCAUCGCCACCACAACCACCACAACCACCGGCAGCACGACAGCCAGCACGACCACUUCACGCAUCGCACCCAUCACAGCUCCGGCCACCUCCACCACCACCAACAACACCACAACCACCAUCACCAUCACCAUCACAGCCAUGUCCAUCACGCCACCGGCCUCACAACAACCGGCGGCGCAGUCGAGCACACGGUCCCGCAUGGGUCGCUGGUGGUGGUGGAGUCGGUGUCCCUGGCCGAGCGCCAGUUCGCGGGGCGGCACGUCAGCAACCGCCUGCCGCCCACUGUCGUGCCCGGCGCAUGGGCGCCGUGGCCACCACCGCACCAGCACCAGCACCAGCACCAGCAGCACACACACCACGCCGGCUUCGAGGACGUGCGACAAGAGGCCGCCAGCCACUCGGAGUAUCCGCCGACGCACUACUACGGCCCUGGACCCGGAACCGGCCCUGGCUCCUCCUACCCAGCAUUCGGCCGCCGCCGCGGUUCGCGCGGCUCCUACGCAUCCGGCUCCGGCUCGGGUCUGGGCGCCGGCACCGGCACCGGCGCCGGGUCCGGCCUGGCCAGCUGCACCGACAGCGAACACAGCCUGGACGGCCCCAACGGCGGCGGCCAGCAUGCGAACCAGCAGCAGCACCAGCACCAGCAGCCGCAGGGCACGGCCGGGCAGCACCCUAGCCACAGCCACAGCCACCCGCACCACAAGACGGCGCUGUUCUUCCGGCUGAACGGCGGCCCGGCGCUCUUCGGCCCGGUGCCGUUCGCCGCGGCGGCCGGCAGCCGCUGGUACUUCCCCCUGCCGCCGCUGCCGCCGCCCGGUGCAGCGGCAGGGGCAGUGGCGGCUGCUGGAACGGACCUGGCGGCGGCGCUGCCGGGCCACCAUACACACGGGCCGUCGCACCUGCAGCCCUCCGGACAGCACCAACAGCAGCACCAGCAGCACCGCCAGGUACCGCCGCUGCCGCUGCCAGCGCCCGAGCUGCGGGUGGUGUGCGAGGCGCGGCCGCACGCGCUGUGCAGCCGCCGCCUGGAGCUGCGCUCCAACGUGCGCCUGCGCAACAGCAGCGGGCUGUGGCUGGCGCUAGGCGACUGGGCCUUGCUGGAGGGGCUUGGAGCGCCGGCCGGCUCGAGGCUGGGCUACGGCCGAGCCGCGUCCAUGCCGGCACACAGCAUGCACAUAGCCGCCGGCGCGAGCAAGGGUGGCAGCGGCAGCCAGCAGCCAGCCUACGGCCUGCAGGAAUCGCCUGCGUCAGUGGCGGGUGCCGGCAGCGCGGCAGGGCGGCCCGAGUCGUCGUCGUCGGUGCUGCUGCACACGCUGCCGCCCGGCGGCACGGUGUGGUUGUCCGCGGCGGUGCUGCAGCGCAGCCCGGUCGUGCUGGCGGUGCGGACCGCGGCGCCCGACCACUUGGCAGCGUCUGGCGCCGCCGCGGCGGCGGCGGCAGACCUGGAGCGCCGCAAGGCCGACGGAGGCGGUGCGGACGGCGCCGACGCGGACGGCACCACCGACGCCCUGGCAGCGGAGGCGGAGGCGCCGAUCUGGAGUGAAUGGAGCACGCCGCUCGACCUCACAAACAUGCUGGCAGACGCGGCCAAAUCGCUGGCGGCGGCCGCCGCAGCCGCGGAUGAGGGCGGCGCUGACGCCGCUGCUGUGGCGGCUGUCGCCGCGCGCGGCGUCACCUGCCGCCUCGACUGCUCGCUGCUACAGCCGCAGGGCGCCGGCGGCGCCGCUGAAGCCGCCGCAACCGACCCGACCAGCACCUGCCACCUCAUCGCGCAUCUGGUGCCCUGCUCCUCCCCUGCGACAGCCUCCUCCUCACACGCUGCUACAGCCUCAGCUGCUGCCACGGAGCGGCCCGAGUGGGAGCUCGCCAUCAUGUCGCCGCUGGUGCUGCAGAACGACCUGCCGGUUGCGGCGCGCUUCGCGCUCAGCGCCAUUAGCAGCCUGGGCGGCGGCGCGGGCUCCGCCGCCGCCGCCACAGCAACCCAGCCACUGGCGCCGGAGCUGCGCGCCAGCCUCGAGGCGUUGAGUGUGGCGCACGUGCACGCCUUCCCCGCGCACCGGCUGGUGGGCGUUGCCUGCCGCCCAGUGGGCUACGCAUGGAGCUCGCAGCUGCAGCUGUUUGACAGCGCCGACGGCGCUGGUGGUGAUGGCGGCGGCGGUGGCGGCGGCGGGUUCUGGGCGGCUGGGCACGGCGGCAUGUCGGCGGCGGCGCUCGCGGCGGCGUCCAGUGCCGCGAGCGACGGGCCGCCCGAGUUUGAGCCGCUGCACCCGGGGCUGGAGCCGGCGAGCUACGGAGGCGGGGGCGCGGGCGGCGGCGGCGGUGGGGCGGAAGGGCUGGUGCCGUACUGCGAGGCGGCGGUGCCGGUCCGUGCCACUGUGGACGGUGUGCAGGACGUGCUGCUCAUGCUGCGCACCUGGCUGCACCGCGGCACGGGCCAGGUGCGGCUGCAGCUGAGCGUGCCGGUGUGGGUGUAUAACUGCUUGGGGCUGCCGGUGCAGCUGCGGCCCACGGUGCGCCUCGUGCUGGGCCCGCCGCAGCGCGACGGCAGUGACGCCGCCGGCGCCAGCGGCGCCGCCUGGGUGCCGCCGUGCCUCACCUCCGGCGGGGCGCCCACGCGCGCGCCCGCCGCGGGGCCGUGCAAGUCGCAGCUGUAUGCGCUGCAGGCCGCGGAGGGGCUGCUGGCGCCCGCCGCCGGCCGCCGCACCCCGCCGUCGACACUCGCCGGCCAGGACGGCAGUAGCAGCGGCGGCUGCGCUGCCGGUGCUACAGCCACCUUCAAGUCGAGCAGUAGCGCCCGCAGCGCCCGCUCGCUUGGAGCCCACACCGUGGCCUCGUCUGGGCGCAGCGGUGGCUCUGGACGUGGCCGUGGAAGCGGCGGCGGCGGCGGUGGUGCCACUGGCGCGCCCACCGCCGCUACCAGCCUGCUGACGUCGGCCGUCGCCGGCAGCGGACUGCUUGCGGCGCUGGGCCCUGGCGGCGGAGCCCUUCGCGCAGCCGGCGCCGGCGCGUCUGCCGCCCCUGCUGCAGCCGACGGCACCAGCGGUGGCUACGCAGGUAGCGGUCUGGCGGACCUUUCGCCACGUCACUCCGGCGCCUACAUGACUGACGAGCUCGCCAGCGCUGCUGCCGGCGCUGCCAUCCGGCGCUACCCCAGCCUCGACUCUAUGGCCCCGUCGGCCGCCGCAGCGGCGGCGGCAGUCCAGCGCAUGGCAGGGCCGGCCGCCGCGGCUGCUGCGGCCGCUGCGCAGGCGAAGCAGGGCAGGAGCUCCUGGGACACCUUCCGUGAGUCCGCGCCUGGUCUUGGGGCUGCCGGCAUGCUGCCAUCCAUGGCCGCCGCCGCCGCGGCCCCGCGGCCCCCGCCGAGCCUGGCGUCAGCGACGAGCGCGCGGCCGCCGCCGCGGCCCUCCUCGCCCUUCAGCGGCGGUAGUGGCGGCGCCAGCGUCAGCAUGACGGACGGCGCGGGUCGUGGCACGGCACGGACGGUCGUGGCGACGGCGCCGUACGCGGCUGCGGGGGUGGCGGGGCUGCAGCCUUGCAUGUACGGCGGCUUGCCAGUCGGCAUAGGGCAGUUGGAGCUGUGUGUGCUGUCGUACCCUGGCGGCGCCGCCGACUGGUCUGCUCCCGUCUGGCCCGCCGCCGACGGCACACCGCUCUACGUGACGCUGCCCUGUGCGCCACCCGGCGGAGACGGGGCGGCGGCGGCAGGAGUCUACCCCGGCGGCGCAGCGGUCGCGGCAGCCGCAGCGGGCAGGGCCCGCGCCGCUGACGCCGGCGUGGGCGUGGCGGGUGGUGGUAUGGGUGCGGCGGGUGGCAGCAAGGGCAAGGGCCGCGGCCCGGCUAUUCAUGUGGUAGCAAGGCUGGUGCGGGUGGGGGCGGGCACGGGCAAAGGCGACGGUGCCGGGGGCACCGCUGCGGUCGCGGCAGGCGGCGCUGUGCUGCUUCCGUCGCCGCUGGCACCGCGCUGCGUGGCGCUGCACCUGCUGCCGCGCUACGUGGUGCAUAACGGACUUACGGCUGCGGUGCAGCUGCGGCAGCAGGGCACCUCGCCCGCCGCCUCGCUGGGCCUCGGCGAGCGGCGGCCGGUGGCGUGGGCGGACGUGGGUCUGCCGCUGCGAGUGCAGCUGCGCAUCCAGGACCCGGGCUGGUCCUGGUCGGGUGGCGUGGCGCUGGAAGAGCUGGGGCCCGGGGACCUGUUCGUCAAGAUCCGGCACCGCAACCGUGCCGAGACGCAGCUGGUGCGGCUGGACGUGAGCCUCAGCUCCGCGGGCACGCUGGUGGUGGGGCUGAGCCAUCACCACACCGACUUCGCGCCCUACCGCAUCGACAACUGCUCUUCCGAGGUGCUGCACGUGCAGCAGGUGGGCUGCCUGGACGCCGAAGACGUGGUGCGCCCCUACUCCUGCCUGCCCUACACCUGGGACGAGCACACGCCGGGCCGGCAGCAGCGCGUGCUGCUGUCGCUGCCGGGCCGGCGGCGCCUGGGCGAGGUGGAGUUGGACAAGGUGGGCACCCGCCUGGAUGUGGCCGUGGUGCCCUCCCAGACCGGCGGCCACGGCCGCAAGCGGCUGCUGCGCAUCUCCGUCACCGCCGACGGCCCGACACGCGUGCUGCGGGUGGUGGACACCGGCGCCCACCCCUCGGACGCCCUGCCCGCCACCGCGCACCAGCACCGCCACCACGUGCAGCAGCAGCUGCACGCAGCCGCGGCGGCGGCAAGGGCCACGCAGCGGGCCUCCGGAUCCGGCGCAGCCGGCGGUGGCGUCGCCGUCGGAGGGAGGCCCCCGCCCUUCACCAGAACGCCAGCGCGCCGCGCGGCCUCGCAACGCAGCCUCCUGCUCUCCAGCAGCCCCACUGGCCGCCUCGCACGCGGGCCCGCGCAUCCCGCCACCACCAGCGCCGCAGCCACCAGCCCCACCGGCGCCGGCGCAGCCGCGCCGCCGCCCGAGUCGGAGUGGCAGGUGGAGGUGUCGGCGUCGGUUGCGGGCGUGGCUGUGAGCCUGGUGUCGGAGCGGCGCGAGCUGCUGUACGCGCUGCUACAGGGCUUCCACGGUUCGCUGCUGGUGGGGCCGGCCAAGGUGGCGGCCGCCGCCUCGCUGGCACACGUGCGCUGGGACAACUGCCUACGUGGCGCCGCCUUCCCCAUCAUGGUGUACGGGCCCGUGGGCCGGUCCCUCUUCAACACCGCGCUGCUGCUGCCCAUGCCGCCGCCGCCCAGCGCUGCGGGUGGAGCUGGUGCGGCAGCAGCGGCAGGAGGCAGUGGCGGCAGCGGGGGCGCGGGCCGGCUGCUGGCGCUGCCGGCGGCGCCUGCGCCGGCGGCAGGGCAAGCUAGUGCUGCUGGGGCCGGCGCUGACGCCACUGCGCCCCCCGCUCCCGCCAGCGCGGCGGCAAGCUCCUCCUCGCCGCAACCGGCCACUGCCGCUGGCGCCUCGACCUCCGCUGCCGGAACCCCGGCCGCGGCCGUGGCGCGGCUGCCGCCGCCGGCGCUGUCGGUCCGUCUGGUGGUGUGGCGCAAUCGGCCUGGCGGCGUGGUGUGCGUGCAGAACGCCAGCGUGGCAGCGGCGCCGUUGGCUGUGAGCAUCGAGGAGACGCACCUGCGCGAACUCAUCGGAUUGGCGUCACGCAUGGCGGCUGCGGCGACCGCGCCGCUGGAAGACCUGAGCGCUGUCAGCGGCGGCGGCGGCGACGACGCAGGCGUGGCCGUGGGUGGCUGGGCGCCUGGCGGCGAGGCCACCGCUGACGGCUUCACGUCGGGCGUGGUGCUGAGCGCCGCUCCCGCCGCGGCGGUGUCGUGGCGGGUGCCGUCGCAUGAGCCAGACCUAUCCAUGCUGCGGCCCACCUCGCCGCCUCCGAUGGGCUGGGGCGGCAGCAGCAGCGCCUCAGGCGGCGCCGCCAGCGCGGCGGCCGCGCCUAGCCCCGGCAUUGGUGCUGCUGGCGCCGCCGCCGGCCUCGCGGUCGCAUCUGCAAGCCCGCAGCGGCCGGUCCUGGGGUCCCCUACCGGAACCUCUCGCGCCAGCGGCAGGCUCCGCGCCGGCAGCGGCGGCGCCACCGCCUCCGGCAUUGCGGUUGCGGCUGCACCACUGCUGGCGGCGACAUCAGUGGCGGCCGCCGCCGGCGAGGACCCACUGGCUGUGGCGCCGCCGCCAGUGGCUCGCACCCGGCGGCUGUACUUUGAAGAGUUACACAUCGGCGAGAUCCGGAUUUCGGCUUCGUUCGCGCCGACGCCGUACAACAGCCGUACGGCGGCGGCCAUGGCGGCGGCUGAGGAGCUGGAGGGCGCAGCGGUUGAUGGCGGCGGCGCCGCCGCCGCCUCUGCGGCUGGCGGCGGCGGGCUGGUCGACAGCGCGGUGCGGCUGGUGGUGUCUCUGGCGCAUCUGGAGGGCGCGUGGGUGACUCUGCGGCCGCUGGACAUGCGCUAUGCGCUGAUGCGGGAUGAGGCGCUGGGGCAGAACAUCUUCCGGCACUACAUGUCGUGUGCGGUUCUGGAGCUGAUCAAGGUGGUGGGCUCGCUCGACAUAUUCGGAGACGUGGUGCGGCUGCUGCAGGCUCUGGGUGUGGGCAUGUGGCACUUGGUGUCCAUGCCAGUGGCGGGCGCACUGCGCGGCGACAUGGUGCACUUUGCGGCGGGGCUGGCGGGCGGCGUUCUCAGCAUGGCUCGCAACGUCACCUACGCCGCCAGCAACAGCGCAGUCAAGGCCAGCCGCCGGGCUCGCUCCACGUUAUCAGCUCUGAUUCCAGAGCCCAUCCACACGCAGCCCUACAGCCCCGACGCCGUGUCGGCAGCCGCCGGCGGCGGCUUCACCGGCAGCAGUGGCGGCAACAGGGCGGGCCUGGCAGGCCGUGCCGGCGCUGCGCGAGGUGUGCGGGGCGGUGAGGUCGGCAGCCCGCAUUACCGCGACCGCGCGGCCGGCGGCGGUGCCAGUGACGGGGCUGUGGGCCAUGGCGGUGACCCGGAGCACGGCAGCGGUCAGCUGGUGCCGUACACUGGUGCCGCUGCGGGCCGCGGCGCCGGCCGCGCGCCGUCGUCGUCGCUGGCAGCGGUGGGCAGCGGCAGCGGGCGGCGCGAUCUCCUCGCGUCCACGUGGGAGGGAUACGCCGCCAUCCUGCAGCGGGUGGCCACACAGGCCUCGCGGCUGAGCCUGCUGGGCACCGCGCGGGAGCUGCUGCUGGGCGGGCUGGGCGCGGUGGCGCUGCCCACUGUGGCUGUGCUGCAGCUGGUGGAGGUGGCGGCCGCCUCCGUGCGCUCCGCGGUGGCGCCCAGGGGCGGCGGCCCCGGCCGCGGCGGCGGCGGCGUGUGGCCGCGCGUGCCUCGCUGGGUUGACCCGGCGGCGCCGCUGCAGCGCUACUGCUGGCUGGAGGCGCUGUGCCGGCUGCUGCAGGCGGAGCUGCGCGGCGGCGCCUUCGCGGAGGAGCCGUACGUGGGCGGCGUGCAGCUCACCGAGUCGACUUUCGCGGUGGUCACCCGCCGCCACCUGCUGCUGGUCGCGCCACGACACGCCGCCGCCGCCACCACCAGCACUGCAGCCACCGCCACAGCGGCCGGCAGUAGUGGCAGCAGCACGUCUGCCGGGGGCUUUUCUCCGCAGGCCGCCGCCGCCGCUGCCGCUGCCGGGGGCGGCGGCCACUCAGCAGCGCACCCCUGGUUCUCAGACCUAGGGCUGAGCCUGGUGGUGCCGCUGGAGGGACUGGUGAUGGCGGCGGUGGCGGGACCAGGCGGCUCGCCUUCAAUCGUGUCGAUCGCGCAUGUGCAGCCGUGGGCUCUGCACCGCGCCGCGGGCUCCCACCACCACGGCCACGGCCACGGCCACCACGGCCUCAGCCGCCAUGGGAGGCCGCAGGCGCACGCCCCCAGCGGUGGCAGUGGCGGCGCGGCCGGACUGCUUGGCGCGGCGGCGGCGGCGGCAGCGGCCCCUGCCGGCACGCUACGACUGCGCACGCCGACAUCGCCGUCCUCAGCAACCACAACGCCACCGCGAAUGGCGAGACGUGUACACCACGACGGCAGUCGCAGCGGCGGCAGUGGCGCCGCCACCAGCCCUCUCCUCGCUGUGGGCUACAGCCACGCGCCGCCGCCGCCGCCCUCGCCUGCCGCCUCCCGCCGCACUUCCUUCUCUUACGCCUCGCUUGCGGCGGCGGCCCUGGGCGGCGGCAGCGGCAGCAGCCACUCUGCAGCUUCAGUACCAGCGCCUGCACCGCCGCCGCCACCGCCGCCGUCGGCGUAUGGUGGAGACAGCAGCGAUGAGGAUGAGGAUGACGACGGCGGCGGUGGCGGCCGCCGUGGCGCUCCGCCGUCGCCAUGGCUGUGUGUGACGACGCUGGAGGUGCUGUAUGAGGCGGAUGCAGUGCGGCUGGUAGCACUGCUGGAGGAGGUGAGGGUUUGGUACGAGAAGCAGCGGCGUGCAAGCAGUGGCCUACGUAUGAUCGGCUUCUAGGGAGUGGAAGAGUAACUGACAGUGGAGGCGAUGGGAAACGGAUACCGCGGGGGCAUUGAGUUUGUACUUGGGGUUCCUGUAUGAUGUUUAGCGCAGAGGUGGCGUGUGCCAAGUGAUGUGGUGAUUCUGGCAUUGUUGUUGGGUGCUGUGUGUUCGUUCCCUGUCUAGUUGUGAACCGCUUCGCAGUAGGGGACUUUGACAUGCACGAUCAGGACACGAGGGGUCAUGGUUGUCACAAGCGUGUGUGUUGAUAUGCGCGUGUGUGUGUGUGUGUGUGUGUGUGUACGUACGCCUGUGUUGUCGCAUACUGUGUGGUUAACAGAGUUGUUCGUGCCGUACAUACAGCCGACUCAUUGUCGGGGUCCCGCUUGGGACAACUAGACUGCUAGGCUAGUGCAGGAGUAGUAGGAAGAGUAGCGGUAGUGCCAGGAAUGCUGCUUUCUGGGUCCACGAGUUUGCCUGUCCCUGCCAUUCGUGUAUUAACUUAUAGCCAGAUAUGCCGGUGCGUGCAGAAGAGAACUCAGGUACAGACUGCUGUUUGCAGGACUCGCAAGUAGGUGCGCUGUAUUCGAGAUACCCCGUCACAUGUUUACCCAGCGUAGUGCUCCAGGGACUGAUGUCUGAUGAGCCGCAUUCGUGUUUCGCAUCUUUGUCGUUAAGUGGGGGCAGCUGGCGCUGUGCGCCUGGGGUAGAGGCUGCGAGGCUGCAACUGCCAUGAGCACAGCUAAUGCGAAUGCGGUCACGUUACACCAAUGUAACAUCUGGCGUCU